CCUCUAACAAGCAAAAAAUUUAUCAUAACCACCCUGAAUACUUUGAACAGCCCUUCAUCACUCUACUGACCUUAAUAGCCUAACAACCAAUUAAAAAACAAACAUAACACGACCAGCUAUUUAACCUCUAAACAGACCAUAAUGACCGUGACCUCACAUAACCUCUAACGCGACGAAACGAAACGAAACACGACACGAACGGAGACGAAACACUUCAAAACGAUAAAAACACCCAAAAAUAAAAAGAAAACGAACUUAAAGAACGCACGGAGGUGUUUCUGGGACCACAUUUAAGUACAGGAUAAGUGAAAUAAGCGAAGGAGGGAUGAUAUAAUAGUUUUUUCACCGUGAGAUCAAUAGAAGCUUGUCUACGUGACCGAGGGCAGAAGCUAAAUGGCACGGCUACUAGUAGAAUUCCUGUACUAAACCCGAUACACUGACAAAACCCCCACGCAGCGGCGCAAAACCCAUACCACUAAGAAGAACUUUUAAUAUUCUCCAAAUCAACACCAUCUACACCAGUGGAAUUCAUUUAUAUCAAGCGCCAUAGGUCAAAAAGCUCCAGGGGCGUGAGAGUUAGGGGACCCGGCGAGGGGGGACGCGCGCCAGGACCGUGAGAGUAAGUAGGUUGACAACAUGGCGUCCAGAACUGCGGGUGGAGGAACGGUCCUUGCUUCGGGAAUAAGGACGAGGAAGAGGAAGGAACGCAAACUAUACAGCGAUGACUGGGCACUGGGUGACGAGGAGAUUGAGGGCCACCACACCUUUGACCUGGACCAGAAAAUACACUCCCAUGAAUUUGACUCUUGUUUUGUGAAGGACAUGACUGAUAUGGCAGAAUACAAUUUGGGACACGUGCAGGAGAAUGGGUUCAACUGGCCGCUGCUCUUCAAGGACAAGUCUAAGCUGGGCAUCUGCAUCCCCAGUGAGGACUUCACAAUCAAUGACGUCAGGCUUUGUGUCGGGUCUAGGCGGAUGCUGGAUGUGAUGGACGUGAACACACAGAAGAACGUGGAGAUGACCAUGAAAGAUUGGCAGAGGUACUUUGAGAGUCAAGAUAAAGACAAGCUUCUCAAUGUCAUCUCCCUUGAGUUCUCCCACACCAAACUGGAGUCUCACAUUCAGGCACCCACUGUGGUGCGGCAGAUUGACUGGGUGGAGCGGGUGUGGCCACGGCACCUGAAGGAGGCACAGACAGAGGCUACCAACGUGCUGGAGGACAUGAUGUACCCCAAGGUGCAGAAGUAUUGUCUCAUGUCAGUACGUGGAUGCUACACCGACUUCCACAUUGACUUCGGCGGCACCUCUGUGUGGUACCACGUCCUGCGGGGGAAGAAGAUAUUUUGGCUGAUCCCGCCGACGGAGCGUAACCUGCAGUUGUACGAGCAGUGGGUCCUCUCAGGGAAGCAGAGUGACAUCUUCUUUGGGGACACAGUAGUGAAGUGUGGCCGGGUGGAGCUCAACCAGGGGAACACAUUCUUCAUCCCCACAGGCUGGAUUCAUGCAGUAUACACACCAGAGGACUCGCUGGUCUUUGGGGGCAACUUCCUACACAGUUUUGGCAUUGAGAAGCAGCUAAGAGUGGCCCAGGUGGAGGACGCGACUCAUGUGCCCUCCAAGUUCCGGUACCCUUUCUUCACGGAGAUGCUAUGGUAUGUGCUGGAGCGGUAUGUCCACGUGUUGCUGGGGCGGACACACCUCUCUCUGCCCCCCGACGAACAGGAGAAGUACGCCAAGUAUGCCACUGCCAGACUUAAGGCCAACAACAACAACAAGAUGAAGGAUGAGGAUGGUGAUGCUGAGAAGGCAGAGACAGACCUCCAGGUGGACAUCAAGGGGCUAACAGUGCCACCAGAAGAGCACGUGCACCUCACACAAUAUGAGUUGCACGGCCUGAAAGCUAUUGUGAUGUACCUGCAUGCCCUGCCCACCAGCAAGAAGUGUGUGCCAGAGCUUAUCACCGACCCCAUCGCACUCAUCAGGGACGUGCGGACCGUGGUGGAGCAGCACCGUUAUGACAAACCGGAGCUGGCCCGCACUUGCAAGCCGGUGCUGGAGUGGUGGACCAGGGAGCCCACCAAGUUCGGCGUCAAGCGGCCUCUUGGGGAAAAUGCAAACUCUGGGUUGAAACGUCGGCGCAGAAACUCCGACGAGAACCGCAUUGUGGGCCUGCCUCCUAACGUGGCCAAGGUCCGGCACAGGAGAGUGAGAUGUAAGCUGUGUGAGUCGUGCCUGCGGGAAGACUGUCGCAAGUGUGGGUUCUGCCUGGACAUGGUGAAGUAUGGAGGACCUGGCACCAUGAAGCAGACCUGCAAGAUGAAGAAGUGCACACAGCCCAUGCUUCCGGCCGCAGCUGUGUGUUACGACUGCCAGCUGGACGGGUGGGGGCGCACCCUCACAACCCCACCACAGAAGCCGCCCCUCCACUCGCCAAGCAGUCUGUUUGAGUGCUGUGUGUGCUUUAAGAUUUCCCACCUCAAAUGUAUCAGCAGCAAGUUCCCUGAUGCGGACGGCAUUGUGAACGAGGACCUGCCAAACAGCUGGGAGUGCCCUGAGUGUGUCAAGGAAGGCUACAACAAAGAGUACAAACACAAUAGAGUACCCAGCAGCAGGGUGUCUGGGGCAGGCAGUGACACAGGAGGCCUCAAGACACCUCAGAUAUUGAGUGAGGCUGAGGAUGAUGUGAAGGUGAAGAUUGAGGACCUGGACUUAGAGAUGGAGAGGGAGGACAAGAAACUGCAGGAGGAAGCCGCAGCCCGAGAAGCAUGUGCAGGAGGGGGAGGUGUUGGAGGAGGUGGAGGGGGAGGAGAAGGAGAGGUUGUCAAAAUUAAGAAGGAGGGCACGGGGCAGGAUGCCGCUUCGCCACACAUGCCGUCGUGGGAGCAGCUGCAGGCGCGGGUGUCCCGCCCCCUGGUACGCCCCACGUGGGUGGUGCGACCCGUGCCCCCGCCGCCUGAGGACGAGGAGGACGAAGAGGACGAGGACGAGGAGAGCGGCAGUGAUGGCGAGAGUCGCACGGCGGCCCGGGAGCCGCCGCCGCCCGCCCUGCGCCGCGCCGUGAUGGUGCCCGUGUUCCACCACCUCAGCCGCCGCGACCUGUGCAUGGCCAUGCAGGUGUGUCGCGCCUGGGCGCUGUGGGCACUCACCCCCAGCUUGUGGGCGUCUAUAUCGCUGGCCAGCACUAGGCUCACCCGCACCCAUCUGGCGGGCGUGGUGCGCCGCCAGCCCGCCCACCUGUGCCUCAGCUGGGCGCGUCUGGACACAGAGCAGCUGUCGUGGCUGCUGGCCAGGCUGCCACAGCUGCGGCGCCUGGAGGUGGCGGGGCUGGAGUGGCCCCUGGUGGCGUGCCUCUCCUCGCCCUACUGCCCCGCCCUCACGGCGCUGGACCUGUCCUUCUGCGGCAGCCUGACGGACUCCGCCCUGGCUGGCCUGCUGGCACCGCCCCGCACGCACCGCCCCGGCCACCGCCACGCUACCUCGCGCCUGCGCCAGCUGACGUUCCUGGCGGUGGCGGGCACGCAGGUUGGAGACGAGGGGGUGCGCACGGUGGUGCGGGCACUGCCGCACCUGGCGGAGCUGGACCUGAGCGAGUGCCAGCGGGUGACGGAGGUGAGCGCUGCGCUGAUGGCCCAUCCCGCCAGCGUGGUGCGGGAGUCGCUGGUCAGCCUGGACCUGCGGGGCUGCCACGGCGUGGGCCCCACCUGCCUGCCCGCCCUGGCCCGCCUGCCGCGCCUCACCCGCCUGGCCCUGCACCCCUGCAACAACGUGCCCCUGCCGGCCGUCAGGGUGUGGGGCGCCUCGCAUGGCUACACCCUGGACCAGGACAACAUUCUGGUGCGUCCCCCACCCCCCACCCAGGACCCCACUACAGACUCCGAGGACUCCGGCCCCCCCAGCCCCAGUCAACCCCCUAAGGAGGCCACCCACUGCCCUGCAGAACAGAAAGAGGCUAAAGAACACAAGAGAGAAGAGGCUACAGAAAACACUAAAGAGGCUAAAGAACACAAGAAAGAAGACGAUAAAGAAAAGAAGGAAGACGAGAACAUAGAACUGAAGGAGAGCAGGAAUAAGGAGAAGGAAAACGGUGCCAGUGAAGUCAAUGGGACCACUCCUGCCACACCCUCACCCAAGGACAGCACCUCCCCUGCCGGCGACACCAAACCAGCCCCACAGAAGCAGCAGGACCAGGAACAGAAGCACCAUGAACCAACACCAAAGAGAGAAGAGAAAAACCAGAAAGACACAAAAGAAAACGGCGAGACAACUGUUACCAAAACCCUUCCCUCCACGACAACCUCUACCACCACCACCACCACUACUACCUCAACUCCGAGUUCCACCUCCUCUUCCUCCUCCCUCACACAGACGCCCAAGGUGAAGGAGCAAGGGCAGGGGGUGAAGAGAACCUUGUCACCCCAGGAGCACCAGGCCAAAAGGAAGAACACUCAGACAUCCCCAAGCAAGAAAGCAGAGAAGGGGGAGAAGCAGGUGAAGAAAGGUGACAAGCAGGCUGGGAAGAAGGCAGGGGAGAAGAAGGUAGGAAAGAAGGCUAAGGUACAGAAGGAUGGUGAUAGGAAGACCCCAAUGAAGCCUGCAGGAUGUAAUGAGGAGUCUAUGCCUUCUUCAUCCUCCUCUUCUUCCUCUAAAGACUCCGGUAGCAAGUCAGAAAGUGAUGUGGAAAGUAAAAAUGGAAGGAAUGAGAGUAAAGAUGCAUCCCCUUCCUCUUCAUCCUCCUCCUCUUCCUCUCAGGACCUAAAGAAGAGUCCUGCUACACCUCUUUCCUCUCCUUCCUCUUCUUCCACCUCAGAUAGCAAAAAAGUUUCCUCACCAUGCUCCUCCUCCUCCUCUUCUAUUUCCACUUCCUCUCUCUCCUCCACAGAUGCCAAGAAAACCUCUUCAACAUCACCUUCCUCUUCUUCCUCCUCCUCUUCACCGGAUUCAAAGACAUCUCACUCCUCUUCUUCAUCUCAAGACACAAAGAAGCCAUCAUCUCCUUCAUCUCAGGAUACUAAAAAGACUAUGACAUCUACCUCCUCCUCCUCCUCUUCCUCUUCACAUGAUCUCAAGAAACCCAGCACACCCACACAGGACAAGAAAUCUACCUCUACUCCCUCAAAAGCCACAAAACCAUCAGAACAAACACCCAAGAAUCAGGAACCUCUUGACACACUCUCAGCCUCCAAAUCUCAAAGUGACUCACACAAAACAAACCAGAAGGAGAAGACUGAAUCGUUACCUGCAGCUGCUACCACAACUACAACUACUACUACUACUACCUCUGCUGCUGCUAGUUCGACACCAAGUGAACCAGCCUCUUCUAAAACCCCAGCAGGCACGAACUCAAAGCAGGUGUCUGGAUGCGAACAAAAUAAGACUAAUGAAGGGGCAUCCAACAGCAUUUCAGGGGCGUCCACCAACACCACCACCACUACCACCACCACCAGUAAGACCCCACAGUCCUCACAGAGCAAAAGUACAUCACAGCAAUCAAAAGGCACCAGUUCAUCCCCACAGCGCACCAGAACAGCACAACCCUCAAAAACUGGGCAGGGGGACAAGACUAGCAUGCACCCUCCAAAUAUCAGUGACAGCAGCACCUCUGUGACAAAAACAACCACAGACUCCCACAGCAAGGCACAGGCAUCACACAGCAGCAAGAACACAUCGCAGGGUACCAAAACCACCUCACACUCCCAGAACAGUGCAAAGAGCAGCACAAGUGGGAAAGAAAGCAGUGUCCAGGCCUCUACAGAAUCUGGGAGGACGCCGCAGCAGCAGGGCACCCAGGGAAGGACCUCGUCACAUCAGAAAGAUGCCAAGGCACUUCAGGUCAGUCAGAUAAGGAAGUACGCCCCAUCGCCUGAAAUCCCAAAGGUGACAACGGAGAUAAAGGAUGAUAACGCCAAACCUGCAGACACGAAGGAUGCAAAGGAUAAAGAAACUGCUUCUGUCCCUGCGAAAGAUGUGGAAGGGAGGAAGAAGGUGACAGAGGAGAAUGACGAUGAGGGUGAUGAGUCGAAAGGUGAAUCCCAGAGUGUGAGUCAGAGGAAUGUGUUUGUGACAUCAGUUGAGGUUCACCGUGCUCACAAUGAUGAACGUAAGAUGGAAGACAACCCCAGUGCAUCACCAUCCUCCUCUUCUUCCUCUUCCUCCUCCUCCUCCUCCUCUUCCUCCCCAUCCUCCACCACAAGCAAGCGACCAGAGAGGAGGCAGAGUGUACGGAAGGCGAGGGAGGAGGAGGCCAAGGCAGAGGAGAAGAAGGAGAAGGAAAGAGAGAGGAGUGAGAGCAGAGACAAAGAUGAUAAGGAAAAAGAGAAGGAGAAACGGAAAGAAUCGAAAUCGCGAGUUGACGAGAUGAACAAAAUCACCAUUGAGGAUUCUGGCAACAAACAACAGCAACAGCAACAACAACAACAACAACAACAACAACAACAACAGCAGCAGCAACAGGGAGGAGGAGGAGGAGGAGGAGGAACAGGACCAGGAGGAGGAGGACCAGGACCAGGACCAGGAGGAGGAGGAGGAGGAGGAACAGGAGCAAGAAGAAACUCAGAGGAACACAGCAAGAAGCAACCAAGCAGUGGACACAAGCGAAAUUCAGGUGACAAACAAAAAAAUCAACAACAACAACAACAGCAACAACAAAAGGAGACCUCACCACGUUUCAAGCAAGAAAAGGACAUUGUUACCAGAUCAACAAAGAGACUCAAAGCAGAUGACAAACAAACAGAUGAUGGUAAACAGACAGAAGGAUCAUCACCAAAGAGAGAGCCAGCAGGAGGAGGAGGAGGGAAGACGAAGGUGAAAAAGGAGAAGGAGAAGGACAAGAAGGAAGAGGAAGGGAAGGGAAAGAGGAGCAAGACAGAUUCGGAGGAGUAUAUGUCAAAAUUAAGGAGGAAAUCGAAUGAUGGAGAAGGGGAAACGAAUGCAGGAGGAAAUAAUGCAAAUGACUCAACUUCCUCCUCUUCUUCUUCCUCUUCCUCCUCCUCAGACCCACAGAAGAAAGAGGAGAGUGCAACAGAGGAGAAGAUAAAGUCCAGAAGAAGAUCAACAAGAGACGAUGAUAAUUCCAGACAUGGAGAGAGGAGACAGAGAGAAGAGAGGGAAAAAUCAACAUCUUCGUCUUCCUCCUCUUCCGAUAAGCACCACCACCAUCACCAUCACCACCACCAUCAUGACACUUCCUCUGACUCCAAGAAGAGGAAAGGAGAGGAUGAGGAUGGCAGUACGAAUAAGAGGAGUAAGGAUGGCGAGGAAGGAGGAAAGGGAGGAAGAAGGGAAGGAAGAGAAGGAGGAAGAGAGAGGCCAGAGAGGUCUCACCGGUCUCCAAGAAGACUCUCCAUGUGUCAGUAAGAGGACUUCUUCUUCCUCUUGUUUGCUUUCCUCCUCCUUUUCAUUCUGUCUCCAUCUCCUCAUCUUCGUCCUGUCUCUUGUCUUCUUCAUUCUCCUUUUCUUGUUUUUUCAUUUCCUUGUUGUCUUUCUCCUUCUCCUCCUCCUCUUCUCUUUUUCCUUCAUUGUUCAUCUUCCUCUCCUGCCUCUUUUAUCAUCUUUCUCCUUCUCCUCUCCUGGAAAAACAAAAUAAUAAUAAUAAAUAAAAAAUAAACUGAAAUUGUACAACUAGAUUUCAUAAGAAGUAAUCCAUAAUUAGUUAGGUGAAGAUUUUAUUUUCACUAGACUUAGCAAAUUAAAAAUAAAUAAAUAAAUAAAUAAAUAAAAUUGUGAAAUGACUCAGAUCUACCUAUUGGCAUAUUGUAUUUUUCUCUUUUGUAUUAGGUAUUUAUUUUGAGCAAUGCUAACUUUUUGUAUAACUUUUUUUUAUUUUUUAUGUCUGUGUGAAUGUAUGUAGGUUAGCUUCCUAAUGCUAAGUAGAUGACUGUAGCCGUAAAUUUGAUGCAGAAGUACACAAGUAUUAGUGUUUUGUGUUGAUUUCAGUGUUUAAAUGUCUGUUUUUUUUUCUUUUUGAGCAUUUUUGUACAUAUUGUUUUUUUUAUUGUUUUUUUUUAUGAUGAUAUGUAUAAUGAAUUGUUAUUCCUAUUAUUAUUAUUAUUAUUAUUGUUAUUAUUACUAUUUUUGUUUUAUCAAUGUUUCUCAAGAACUUGUUUAUACAUUUUUGUAGAAGCAGUUUAUCAUUAUUACUAUUAUUAUUUUUGAUUAUUAACACAAGUAUCACUAUCCUAUCACACAGUAUAGUGAAGUAGUGUGUGAAGUGUGUAUUUUAACAUUACCUUACAUUAUUUAUACAUAUGUAGGCUAUAAUGAUGUAUUCCACUCCUUGUAUACUUAAAAAAAAAAAAAUCCACCAGUUUAUAUAUCUCACCAAGUACAACAAUUUUUCAAUGAUGUAUAACUCAGUCACAAAAAUAUAUAUUAAAAAAAAAAAAAAUGUACACUUCCCACAGUCAUACUUUGGUCACACAAUAACACAUACAACACAAGCACUUUGAAAAUACACAAUGAGUCUCACACUUUGUAUACAGAUCGAGAUUUGACCUGUUAUGUAUGUUAUGUAUGUAUAAACUCAUUAAUACACAUUUUUUUUUAUCAAGCCA